AUGGCAGCACCAUCAAACGAGGUACUUUCGUGGACCAGCCAGGAUCCGCGCGAGAGCCAACUCUUUAAUGCCUGGGGUGUUGUCUAUCGCUUUGCGACUGUAGUGGCCCCUAGUGGGCAGAGUACUACUACCCUCUGGCGAGCGGUACGAGCUAACAAGGAAGACCGCGUCGCAAAAUUGGAAUGGGCAUCGAAUGGCGGCCUCGGCCGUGCAGUAAUAGGCAAGAAUACAGUCCCGAUGUCCGACUUGGUUCGCCCCGAUCCACGCUACCCGGGCGCGCGCAUAUUCAACGCACCCGAUGGUCUGACAUAUCGCUGGCGGCAGGCCCCCGGCUCUGCUGAUGUCGUGCUGGAAGAUUCCGCUGGAAAUAUGGUCGCAGUCUUCCGCCCCACACGACCAACGCGGUAUCAAAUCGGGGAUGUCUAUGGCGAGCUGCACUUUCUGCGAAACGCUGGAGCAGCUACCAUCAUGCAUCCCCCAAUCAUGGACACGGUCACAGUGACCGCGAUGCUAUACCGAUUUUGCCAGGCAUUUGGUCUUUGA